AUGGCAGAGACAGAAGUAAACAAGGAUGAAGAGGGGUUCGAUGUGGGCGAGUUCUUGCAAAAGAACAUCAACAAAGGCGAGCUCGCGCUGAAGCGCGCUGUAGGACUCGGCGCUCAGCCCAACGUUGUGCCCGAGGGUGAGCCGAUCCACGAUGGCGAGCCUCGCCCCGUCGAGAUUGGGUGGCAUCCCGUCGGCGGCCUCGCCGGCAACUGGUUCGCCAACAGCACCGGCCUCGGCAAGAUGAUUACGGAGAGGAUCAACAAGUAUCCAGACCCUACGCAGCACUGGGCCGUCCUCGUCGGCGAGUAUGUCCACCAACUAUGGAUGGACGAGAACUUCCACGUCAUCUACAUCAAUGGCAGGAUCAAUCGCGAAGAGUGGAAGACCUUCAGCGUCGGCCAGACGCGCUUCAACGACGACGCACUACGGCGUGCCGGCGAGACCGUCAUUUCCACCAUUCGCGAAAAGACACCCGCGUACAACCUCAUCUCCAACAACUGCCAGACCUAUGCGCUGCAACUGCUGGACGCUAUCAAAAUCGGUGCGCGUAAGGAGUUUGGCACCACGCUUGCAGUGUACGACCGUCUGUUUGGACCAGGAAAGGUGGCGGACCUCUUCAACAAGGACGGCCUGAUGCUCUCGCAUGGUACCGACUCGGGCGUCGCGCCAGCUACGGAGGCCGAGGACGAGAAUACGGUCGGGCUGGCGCAGCAACUCAUGAAUGACCACACGGCACAGCUUGACGCGCAAGAGCAAUUGAACAAGAGCGGUGAGCUCACGCCUCCCCAGGAGGCUGCUGAGGCGCAGUCGCAGUCGCGGGAUCUUGGCAGCGGUAGCGUCGGAGGGAAUGAAAAUGGCGAGAAGAAGGAAAGCAAAAGCGCCGAGGUCAAGAAGCAGAUUAAAAACAUCUUCAACCGUUUUUCGCGAAACAAGUCUUCGUGA